CCACAUGGUGGAUUGAUCAGUGCCCAGUCGAAAUCAGUUAAGGGUGGGCGCCCUCACCUUACUUUUAACUCUGUUCCAGGCAUACCCAACACACAUUCAGUUUGUUCCAAACUUCAUACCUCAGAUCAACCUGUAAGUUUCAUUCUUUAGCUAUUUGAUGGUAUGUAUGUUUUGGCUUCCAUGUUCUUCUGCCGCUGGCCCUCUUAAGCAAAACCUAAGAUAGUUUAAGCCUGUCAUUGAUUUCUUCUGCCCCCUGACAUGAAAACGCUGCUUGGAGUUGGAACCUUACACCUGCAUCAAACUCCUCACAAGUUUUAGCAGAAUGAUGAAUCACAGAUCGC